GGUGCGCUCCUGCGCGUCUGUCGGCUUCUGCGCGUCUAUAUAAAGCCGGAAUAUUUCAGCUGGGCCAGAUGCGCCAGUUUUCCUACUGGGGAAAACAAGAAUAACAACAUGUCAGUUGAAGGAAUGGACAAAAGUAAAACGCUAGACUUGAGGAAGAAGCACAUUGGACCAUCAUGUAAGAUUUUCUUCAGCCAUGACCCUAUCAAGAUUGUGCGAGCUAAGGGUCAGUAUAUGUAUGAUGAAAAAGGGCAGCGCUACUUGGACUGCGUCAACAAUGUGGCUCACGUGGGCCACUGUCACCCAGACGUGGUGAAGGCAGGAGCUCAGCAGAUGGAGGUUCUCAACACCAACUCCCGGUUCUUGCAUGACAACCUCGUCCUAUACGCCCAGAAGCUGCAGGCAACUCUGCCUGACAAACUGUCGGUGUGCUACUUUGUGAACUCCGGCUCUGAAGCCAACGACCUGGCCCUCCGACUGGCAUGGCAGUACACAGGCCACAAGGAUAUAAUCACUUUGGAAAAUGCGUACCACGGCCAUGUCUCUUCACUAAUUGACAUCAGUCCGUAUAAGUUCCACCAGCUGUCAGACGCAGAGCAGAGCCCAUUUGUCCACGUGGCUCCCAGCCCAGAUGUGUACAGAGGCAAAUACCGAGCAGACCACCCAGAUCCAGCCAAAGCAUAUGCAGAUGAAGUCAAAGGCAUUAUCGGAAAAGUCCAUAAGAAAGGAGGCAAGAUUGCAGCCUUUAUUGCUGAGUCCCUGCAGAGUUGUGGUGGACAGGUCAUUCUCCCCCCGGGUUACUUCCAGCAAGUGUCCGAGCACAUCCAUAAGGCAGGAGGUGUUGUAAUUGCUGAUGAGGUCCAAGUGGGCUUCGGACGUGUUGGCUCCCACUUUUGGGCCUUCCAGCUCCAGGGAGAAGACUUUGUGCCUGACAUCGUCACCAUGGGAAAGCCCAUCGGCAACGGUCACCCCAUGUCAUGUGUGGUGACAACCAGAGAGGUGGCGGAAGCCUUUAUGUCCACUGGGAUGGAAUACUUCAACACAUUCGGCGGGAACCCGGUGUCGUGCGCCAUCGGACUGGCUGUCCUGGAUGUGAUUGAGAAAGAGGGUCUGCAGGACAACGCGCUCUGUGUGGGCCAGUACCUGACCGAUCUGCUGGAACAGCAGAAGGAAAAGCAUCCACUGAUUGGAGAUAUCCGGGGAUGUGGUCUCUUUGUUGGGAUGGAGCUUGUCAGGGACCGGAAGAAUCUCACUCCAGCCACAGCAGAGGCCCAGGAAGUCAUAUAUAAGCUAAAGGAGCAGUACAUCCUUCUUAGUGCUGACGGACCUCAUCGCAAUGUUCUGAAAUUCAAGCCCCCACUGUGCUUCUCUUCGGAGGAUGCUGAGCUGGUGGUGGAGAAGAUAGACAUCGUUCUUACAGAACUUGAGAAAGCAUUGGGCUUGAAGUUGCAGGAUACUCCAAAUCUGGAGACUGGUGGCAGUAAAAGAAAGCUGUCGCCUGAAGAAAAAGGACACCAGAAUAGUUCAGUGCACAACAAAGGAAACGGACAAGAAGCCCCACAGCCAACCUCACAAAAACGCCUCAAGACAGGAAGAUGACUUGAACAAAUGCUUAAUUUUUAACAUAAAUAACUGACUGAUUUUGAGAUGCUGGUAUUUUAUCUUAUAAAAUGAAAUGCUUUACACCAAUAAUGAUAUACUUUAAAUAAACACAGUUGCGGCAUCUCAGAUUUUACUUUGUAAAGUCCACUCAUAAACAGAAUAACAUGACUUAAUGUCUUAGUUAAAAAUUGACUUAAUCUAGAAAAUCACAAUUUUGCACUAUUUUGAUUAUUGUUUGCCAUCAUUCAUAUGAUUUUAUUGAAUUCCCAUUAUAACUAAAAUGUCAAAUGUAGAUUUGCUAAAUGAGUUUUUUGAGAUCUGUGAACCAUGAACAUAAUCUAAAUCUAUGUAAACAUACAUACAUACAUUUUUGUGGCAGUAUAAUACCGUAAAAUCCUUAUCUAUCAAAUAUGUUGCAAAAAAAUAAUAUU